CACAGGAUCCGGACAAUAGCCAGAGCCCAGAGAGUCACACACAGAGUAAGGAGAAGGCCAGAAUACCCAGACAAUCCACCCAAAACGUGAGGGAUAAGGAGAAGAAGGAGGGUAAAACUGCCAAGAUGUAUCGUCGAGAUGAGAGAACAGCGCCACAUCAGAAAAACCAGGAAGAAAACCUCUGCUCUGCUUUAGGGGAAGUUACUGGGCAGAUGUAUAAUACAGCUGUGGAGAAAACUGAUGCCACAGUUUCAAUGGGUGAGGCCACCAUGGAAUACAAGAAGGAGGGUUCUGUGGAAGUUGGCAAGGGUGGGACUAAUACGGGAACUACUGAUAACGUCGAACAAGAGGGAGGAAGAAAGAAGUUGCCUGUUCAGAAAGACCAGGAAAUGAAAAAUGGAACCUCCGAGGCAGUUGAGGAUGAAGACACCAAGUGCACUGAUGGAGCUGUAGGCGGUUUGAGAGAACUGACGGAUCCCUAUAAGACUAAACAUCAAUCAUCAUUGAAAAAGACCAAAGGGAAAAAGUGUCUGUCAGUUGUGGGUAGGACCUUGAACCAUGACCAUCCAACAGUGGGAAAGGUAAAGCCACAUGACGAUGAAAACAAGGGUGACAUUGAGAAAGAGAAUAAAGCGUCAGAGGCAGCAAGAUGUGACAUCUCAUUCCAGUCUGGCCGGAAUGAUAAUCACAAACAAAGUGAGCUGGACAGGGCAGGAUCCCCUACAAUUGACCCUCCCAAUCAAGGGGACAAAGAAGACUUGCCCAUGGUGCCUGUAGUAGAGCCAAGCUCUAUUUUGGAGAAGCUACUUAAAAGAAACAAAAAUGAGGCGUCUCCAGAUCUCUCCAAAGUUAGAAAGGUGGUCUCUGUGUCAAGGGACCAGUCUGACGACCAUGACCAGCUGAAAACAUCUGAGACAAAGCCUUAUCCACAGGGUGUUGAGACGGGGGCCAUAUCAACACCAAUAUCAGCAUUGAAGGAAACAAAACCAAAACCUGCCGUGAAGGAAACAACACCAAAACAUGUCGUAAUGAAAACACCAAAAUCAUCCGCUGAUGUUGCAAAGACAGCUCCAUCAGAUAAGAAUAUCCCUGAAUUACAGUGCGAUGUUGAGGAAGAAACCAUGUCGUCAUCAUCCUCUGUAUGUGCAACAGAGAGACCCCCUGGAGCAGAAGUUAACACCAAGCCCUGCCAUGAGGAGGAUCAUCCACAAAGUCUGACAAAGAGUGAGCAGGCAGGGAAAACUGCUCAGGACUCCACAGAUAUAAUCUGUCUACCAGCUUCACUUCUAGAGACUGAAUCUGUCACUGAACGAGAAGUGGGGACAUCCACACCAAUGGAUGAGGCUGACUGUAAAGGUUCAGAGCAGGACUCGGCAACAACAGUUUCCUCGCCCCAAAACGAGGAGAAGACGAUGGAAAAUACACGCCCAACUGAAACGCAGUCACCAGAGAGCUCACAGAGUCCACCUGUUGAGGGCAGGCCCUCCUCUAGGAGUGAUGUCAUCGCAGAAAAACCUGCAUCUUCCUCAGUGUCUGAGGUCAUCACUGAGUCUACAGAGUCUACAUCCUGCAACAAAGAGGAUGAUCAAACCACAGAGCCCCUGCCUUUGCACAAAAUGGAUGAAUCACCCAGCACUAUCCCUAUCACUGAGAUUCCUCCAUCACAAAUAGAAAAUAUCACUGCGGGGAAGACAACACCUAGCCUAUGCACCUCAGAGGCCUUGCAUGAUGAUUCUAUGGAGGAGGCUAAGACCAAUAAGGACCCUCGUCAAAUAACAGACAUCCCAGUUGUAGUUAUAGAGGCUACCCCGGCCUCAGUAGGAACUGGGAUGGCUCUAUCAGAAGAAAGCCAAGGGAGUAUGGAUGAGACGCUUCAGUCUCAAAAUGAGACUUUAAAAACAGAGCCUGUGUCACAGCAAGUCACAGAGCGCACCACUGCAGUACAUUAUGAUGAAAAGUCUACCCAGGACAACGACGAAACUGCCUCAGAGUGUGACAAACACCAGGAUACUCCUAAAUCGAGGCCUGUUUCUGAACUCAUAAAGGAGAACAUUCUACUACAAGAAAAGCUGAAGCAUCCAGAUUUGACAAAGCCAUUGGCAGCAAAGCCUGAUUGGGUUUCGGAGCAAGCCCAGUCUGUGAAGGUGGCUCAGAUGUUGGCGGCUUUUGACUUCCCCAAGAAGUCCCCAGAGAAGGCACUGGAGAGGAAACCAUCUGUGAGAAAAGAUAUGUUCAGGCGAGUCGUGCGAGCGAGCAAAUUCCGUCAUGUCUUCGGCCAGGCGCUGAAGAAUGACCAGUGCUACGACGACAUCAGAGUGUCGAGGGUCACAUGGGACAGCUCGUUCUGCGCCGUCAACCCCAAGUUUGUCGCCAUCAUCAUAGAGGCCAGCGGAGGCGGGGCCUUCCUGGUCCUCCCUCUUCACAAGUCGGGCCGCAUUGACAAGGCCUACCCCACAGUGUGUGGUCACACGGGCCCUGUACUGGACAUCGACUGGUGCCCCCACAAUGACCAGGUCAUCGCCAGCGGCUCGGAGGACUGCACGGUCAUGGUGUGGCAGAUCCCUGAGAACGGGCUGGUUACCGGCUUGUCUGAGCCUGUUGUGGUCCUGGAGGGGCACUCCAAAAGGGUUGGCAUCAUCACAUGGCACCCCACGGCACGCAACGUCCUGCUCAGUGCUGGCUGUGACAACCUGGUCAUCAUCUGGAACGUGGGGACCGGCGAGGCCAUGAUCCAGUUGGAGGACAUGCACCCUGACGUCAUCUUCAGCGCCUGCUGGAACCGCAAUGGCAGCCUCAUCUGCACCGCCUGCAAGGACAAGACCAUCCGCGUCAUCGACCCCCGCAAGGAAGAGAUUGUAGGGGAGAAGGAGAAGGCACACGAGGGGGCGCGGCCCAUGAGGGCCAUCUUCCUGUCGGACGGGAACGUGUUCACCACAGGCUUCAGCCGUAUGAGUGAGAGACAGCUAGCCCUGUGGAACCCGCAAGCUAUGGAUGAGGCGAUCUCAGUGCAUGAGAUGGACACAAGCAAUGGAGUCCUCUUGCCCUUCUAUGACCCAGAUACCAAUGUGGUUUACCUGUGUGGUAAGGGUGACAGCAGCAUUCGCUACUUUGAGAUCACGGACGAAGCCCCAUUUGUCCACUACCUCAGCACCUUCACCACCAAGGAGCCCCAGAGGGGAAUGGGAUAUAUGCCCAAGAGAGGCCUGGAUGUCAACAAGUGUGAGAUCGCCAGGUUUUAUAAACUGCACGAAAGGAAGUGUGAACCGAUCAUCAUGACUGUGCCAAGAAAGUCUGACCUGUUCCAGGAUGACCUGUACCCAGACACGGCAGGCCCAGACUGUGCCAUUGAGGCGGAGGAUUGGUUCGAGGGGAGGAACGGCGAGCCCAUCCUCAUUUCCUUGAAGAACGGUUACGUCCCCGGCAAGAACCGUGACCUCAAGGUGGUCAAGAAAAACAUCCUGGACAACAAGCUGAGCAAGAAUGCGGAGAACACGGGCACAGUCACCAAGUCUGCCUCAUCCACUCCAUCCAUAAAAAACGAAGGCAAGCUGGAAGAGAUCUUGAAAGAAAUCAAAUCUCUCAAGGACCUGGUCAGCAGUCAGGAGAAGCGAAUCAUCCAACUCGAGGAGCAGAUGUCCAAGAUCGCCAUUUAAGGACCCUCCCCUCGCCCCAACACAAUUCAGGACGAUCCGUUGGCGGGGAGGUGGGCGGGACAUGUCACUGGCAAUCUAGAUGACAGUGUUCCGCCAGAAACCUGCCUAGUAACGAUCCCAAGCAACAUUCCGAGAUUUAACUUUUUUCUUAGCCAGCCCCUAACCCUCAGAUAAAACAGAUGAAAUAUGGCAAACCUUUCCAUUCCUUUUAAUAAGUGGCAGUUUAGUUUUGUUUGUAUGAAAAUUCUUACAAAUUCCUUUUUAAGAUUGUGACCUAGAAAAUUCCAUUGUGAACAGUUCCUGUUUGGGUAAACCAAAAUGUUUUUAUAUGUAGGUAUCAGUAUUUUGUCUCCCCCAUACCCCAACUUCUUAUCUUGCCAAAUUUUUAAGGAGUUUUGUUUACACACCUCCUUGACGGUAUAUAUUUUUUCUUUUGUUUUCUGGGAAGAUUCAAAAUCCGAACUAUAAGGGACAAUGCAAUAAGCUGGUAAUGCAAGGAGAGGGAUUUCAACAAUCAAUCAAAUACUGUAAAAGACAUCAAUGAGAAACUGACUGACAGACCACCAAACACUCAGAGAAAUUGAUCCUGAUGUAUCAUAGAGCUGUUAGAUAUCAAAGACAACAGAAGUGGUGACAUGAUUCAUGCUGUAAGUGUUGUGACGGUUCCCUUUUUUCUGAAACUCAACCCUUACCCUCCCCUCUUAGUGGACUACAUCGUAACGGGACCACUGUCUGUACACUUGCUACCAUCUCCUGACCAGAGUUAAUGCUUGCAAUAGAUAUUCUACUCAAGAGAGAAACGCUCCACUGUUCAUUCUCUAUCUUUUGAUCUCUAGCUUGUCUUACUAAGCAAGCAGCAAACAAAGUCCUUUCAUAUCAUUUGAUACCUUCUAUAACGUAUGUAUGCAUCUAUCACAGUAAACGACUUGAACACCGUUUUCAUCAUCUCCAUCUAUUUUGUGUCACAGGAACAGAAAGGGUAUUAGUGAACUAGAUACAAAUGACAGGUUAGAUGUCACCUGUACUUCUCGUCGCCUUAGAUUUCACCUUAAACUGGUUUCUUGUUUGGAGUUUACAAUGCACAUGCCCCAAUCCAAAAAUCCCUUUCAAUCAUUUAGGUGACCACUGCCAUCAACAUUGUUAGUUCCAGUCUUAUGAAACAGAAAUUUGUCAUAGUUUGCCACUGUUUGUUUGUCAGUAUGUCCCCCCUCCCUGUGACACAGAUGGUAUGUAUGUACUGUAAGCUCUGCACUGUAAGUCAGUGCUACUGACUCAUGACAUGCAGUCACCUGGGCUGCUUCUUUUGUACGGGUUCGUGUGCCAAUGACCUGUGUGCUGCCCAGAGAAGGACCAAUGGAAUUGUGGGUUAUGUCGCUGGUUAACAUUUCCACAGGCUUUUAGUAGUAUAUCAGACUUGUUCUGCCUCUGAGGUGUUUGUGUGUCGUUUGUGAGGUCAUAAACCCCAAUGUUGAACCAUGCCAUUGUGUUCAGGGUCCGUGUGCUAGGAUGCUCACUAUUCACCAUCUCAUUGGCCCAUAUCAGUACAGCCGACCAGAGUGAGUGACAGGGUGUGUCUGAAACUAAAACAAUUUGAUCCUGCGUUGAACCUCUGUUUGUUAACAAUGGACGACAAGAUGUAACGUGGAGAGGCAAGGCUUUCAGGAUGUGUGAAUAUGUGCCUCGUAUUACUUUGUUCUUGUUGGAGCUUUUUGUUUUCCCAGAUGGGGAAUGUGAGAGGGAUUUUAUAUAUGAAAUGGAUUCACCGUAGGGUGUGACCAAGGUUCUGGCCGAUGAUAACAGAAUUAGAUGGUGUGGUGAUGAUGCUAGUAAUUUAAAUACUGUAUGUUUUAGCCUUGCUUCCUUCUCCGGCUCUCCCAUUGCAGAUAUCCCACUAUGUACUUCCUUAGCAGAAUUUUAAAUAGCUACCCUUAACUACUCUGUCACAUCACUAGAGAAUCAGAGGAACAAGGAGUCGUUUGGAUCAUCUGAAUAUUUGAUGGUGUUGCCAACUACGAUAAUAAAGUAGGUUCUGUUGCUAUUUUUGUUUAUUUUCCAGACGGGGUGGGUUAAGGUUCAAUGUUAGCCUUUAAAGUUUGUUACCACUGAAUAGAUCAGAAAGUGCCGCAGAGGUGUGCACAGGAAGUGCUUAUGGAAGACAGGGUUUGAGAAUGGUGUGAGUUAUUUAGCAGGUUAGGGAGUGAAUGGGCUGCCUGAGUGGCUAGAAAGGCAUAGAAAGCACUGAGAAAUGUACAUUUUCAUCAAUCCAUCUUGGAAUCCAAGUAUCUAAGAUUAUAACCAUAGAUGCAAUUGGACACAGAAUAUGCACCGUCUGGUGUUGUGGAAUAUUUUAUUGGGGUUGAGAAUGACUCCAAGGUGUUCUACUGUGCUGUAGAGAUAUGGAUUGGCCAGGGCCAGGGGAGGUUGUCUAGGGCCUUGUGUCCUGUAUGUACAUCAGUGCUUCUACUGAGCCUCCUUGGACCACUCGAGGCAGUGAGAGCUGUGAUGUUUGGAAUAUUAGUGAAUAGCGAUUCAAAGGGACACUGUAGGUUGGCGAAAUAUGUAGAGAUGUAUGUGAUGUUUUGAAAUAAAGGCCUAGAAUAUGAUUGAAAGCUUUGUAAAUAACAUGACCAUGUAAUUGUAUUUUUCUUUGUACUUUUUCUUAAUUGUUUUGUUUUUGAGCUGGUGUUUGGUUAUGGUGGGUUUUAAAUGUUUCCUCUUGUCUGCGUUCCCUGUCCUUGCCAUAAUGCAUCAUGACAGAACAGAAUCUCCAUUCUGUCACAGGUAUUAUAGAUACAAAAAGACCUAAAUGAAUUACAGAAGAAAAACAAACAAGAAUUCAGCCUCUUGUGGAGGUCUGUUCAACAUUUUUGUCAAUUUUUCCUGCUUCAAGUAUCAACUCAUUAUCAGAAAAAUUAAUAAAGAAAUGAAAAGAA